AUGACUUUGCUCUCCUAUGCCGUACCCAAUAUGUAUAAUGAGCUUAUUUUGUAUGGAAUAGCGGGUACACGAAUGCUGAUUAACAUAGGAAGCCACGAAACACCUCGUUAUUUGUACCACAACCAGCUGACGAACGGCCAAUGGCAUCAUCUUUGCAUGGCAUGGAGAAGCAGUGAUGGUGAUUGGAAACUUGUACAAGAUUCAGUUGUUUUCGCUUCCGGGAAGCAUAAAUCCAAUUACGUAAUUAGUGGAGGCGGCAUCAUGAUCAUCGGACAGGAACAGGACGCGUUUGGUGGUGGGUUCGAUGUCAGUCAGUCGUUUGUUGGCGACUUAACAGCUUACAAUGUAUGGCAGCACGCCCUCACAUUGGCUGAAAUACAUUCAGUCAUGUCUUGCGGUUAUGAACAAGGGGAUUUAUUCUCGUGGUCGAACGAUUUAGCGGUAUAUGAUAUGGUUGAAAUUACAGAUGACGAUGCUGUUACAUCAUGUGUUGCAGGCACAGUCAGUUUUGACAUCAUUAGUGAUGUCAUUAGCUACGCUAUCCCGCAAGGUCAUCAUAAUAUCAGCUGGUCUUCUGAUUUCUACGACAACACGUACAACGGUUCAGAGAGUAACGGCUUACUGUCUGGGGGCGUUGGUCAGCUCACUGAUGGUGUGGUAGUGAUAGGCGAAUGCUCGCAAGUAUUCCGACCUGAUACACUGCACGCUUUUGUUGGGUGGAAUAUGCAGCAACUCGAAGGGGAACUGAACUUCGUGUUCGAUUUUGGAUUCGUGCGCACUUUUGGAUCUGUUGAUUUCCUGGUGCCUUGUGCGGGUUUCCCACUUGGUAUGGAAAACGAAUAUAUUCAAGCAGACCAGUUAUCGUAUUCAUCGAUAUACAAUGAUGACCUGCCUACAUAUCCAAAUCUCAAUGGCAACCAGCCAUGGAUAGCUGAUUGGGGCGACUCGAAGCCUUACCUUAAGCUCGACUUGCUGCGCGAAUAUAUUGUGGACAAAAUAGUGACGCAGGGCAGUGGUUCAUACUACUACUCUAGUUGGAUCACCGAAUACCGCGUAUACUACAGUCUGGAUGACUCCAAGUGGGAUAUAUAUGGAAAAGACGCAUAUGAGGUUAUUCAAGCCAAUACUGAGAUGUAUUCGGUCGUUGAGGGAGAUCUUUCGCCAGAUAUCAGAGUAAGGUAUUUAAUAAUCAAUCCAAUAUCUUGGCGUUACUUACCAGCGCUUCGGUUUGAAUUGUAUGGUUGUGCACCGAAGACGGAUACUCAAUCAACGGACCAUACAAAUGUCUCGGGAAAUAUUCAGGGAGAGGUGGUAUGGACUCUGCAAGGUAGUCCCUACAUAAUAGAAGGAGCGGUCGUAGUUGGUGCCACAGGUACACUAAUCAUUCAACCAGGUGUUAGUGUAUUGUUUUCAACGACGGCAUCGCAGUUGGAAGUGCACGGAAUGUUGCUUGCCGUGGGUAGACCAGGUUUAGAAAUUGAGUUUACUUCGAUUGGUAUUCCAAUUCCUGGUCCAGUAUCUAAAUGGUCUGGAUUGCACUUUCUUAAUGGCUACUCCAAACUUUCGAAUGUCGAAGUUCGCCGGGCUAGCACGUGCAUCCGAGUUCUUUCCGCUGAUCACGUGGAGAUGACGUCAGUGAGCGUGGGACAGUGCCAGGAAGACGGCAUAGUGUUUGAAGACGGUCGUUCCGACCGAAAUGUGACACUCGUCGAUGUACACGUAUCUGACUGUGGUGGUAAAGGCAUAUCCUUUUCUGGGUCCCAACUACGACCGUACUUCGUUGCCAGAAAUGUGGAGUUAACUGAAAACUACAUAGGGAUGUAUGUAAUUGGUCAGACAGUUGUAGAUAUUCAGGGUGGCAGUAUUUCCAGCAAUAACAACGAUGGCUUUAUCACCAAGGCGACUGAAAUCGAUGCGUUGUUAGAUGACGUCACCAUCGAGGCAAACGAGUUUUCACCAAUGAACAUCUGUUUAGCCAAUAACACAUUUGAUGAAAACUCUUACCUCGGCUCUAUUUACUUCUGGGGCAUUAACCAGGUAUCGAAUGCCUUAUUGACGAUAGAUAUUCUGAAUAAUACAUUCAUUAAUUCAGUUAAUGUCGCUAAUGAAGCUUGCAAAAUUCAUAACACCAACGCUGAUGUUCAUAUAAAAGGAAACACAUUCUCGAACAAUCAAAAUAGCUUGCAAAUAACCCAAUAUAGCUCGCUCUACUUCCCUGAUAAAAAUAUGACAACUAGGCUAGAAGUCAGUAACAACUAUUUCGCAGAAAACAAAUGUGUUUAUUAUCACGGAACGAUUGUUCAGUUAAAAGUUUACAAUUUCGGAAUCAUUGAUUUUUCUGAAAACAUCCUUACUGGAAACGAGGCUACAUUAGCUGUAUUGAGCAUUGAUUCGACAACUGUGGUCAUCAGACGUAAUGUCUUCAAUAACUCACGGUCGAGCUACGAUCUUUAUACCGAUGUUCCUUUCUCGGAGGCACAAGUUAUCGCUGUUGGGUACAACUACUGGGGCUCUCCCGGGGAUGAGUACAGUGACGUUCGAGCGCAUGCACGAACGAGGGUUUGUGACUUUUUUACCGAUAUGGAUCUAGGAAUGUCGGAUCUCUCGCCAUAUUACGUGGACGCUGAAAUGACGUUAUUUCUCAUUGAUACUAAUACCACGGGGCGGUAUUACACCGAAACAGAAGACGGAUUUAUCGGCGGUGAAAUAGGCUCGUCGACAACAGUGACUAUAGAGAACAGUACCUCACCAUACGUUGUGGAUAGGUCGAUCUAUAUUCGCGAAGGUAGCUCUCUUCUUAUUGAGAGAGGUGCGCAGAUAGAGUUCAUGGAAAACAGGGGGAUUUACGUAAGAGGGAAUUUACAUAUCGUUGGAGAAAGCAACAACACAGUUGUAUUCAGAAACAGAGAUUCCACCAAAUGGUACGGGUUAUGGUUUAACGACUCGAAUGCCGAGACAAAUAUCCAUGGUUUACACAUAUCGAUGAGUAAGACUGCGCUGAAGUUGAGCAACAGUCGUCGUAACACCACUGUGAAUGACAUUACAGUCCACCAGUCGACGUAUGGCUUAGUGGCAACAAUUACCCGCAAUUCACAAUUUGACAUUCACGAUUGUUUGUUUACUGAGACCGAAGGUGAUGCAAUAGAUAUCGAUCUAUCGGGGGAUGUAACAUCCACAGGUAUUCGAAUUCUGGACUCGGUUGUAUCUAACAAUGGGGAUUACGGCAUAUAUAUACACGGAAAUGCAAUAGGAGACAUCGACGCGCCAUCUACCCUGGUAUUAGAUAACGUCAAAUCAACCAACAACAAUAAUGAUGCAUUUAAAGUGAAUCUUGGCAAUAUGCCAACAAUCAUAAACAUGUCGAAUUCUGACUUCAAUAGCAGUGAUGAUGGAAUUUCCAUCGUUAUCAAGUCGGGUCAAAUCUACAUAGAAUAUUGUAAUUGUGGCUCGAAUUUUUACUACGGCUGUUAUAUAUCAUACGGUUUUUCCAGCGAAACUCAAAUACAGAAUAUCAUCAUCAAAGAUAGCACGUUUGCGAAUAAUCACUACUCACAACAGUUCUAUUUUCACAUCAACACAUAUAGUGCAAUAAAAUCCGCUUCGUCUUUCGCGUUUAUUAGAAAUCGCGUGGUGUCUACCAGUACCUAUUAUGACGGCGUUUAUUUCUCCAAUCUGCGUAGCAUUCAAGCGGUGGUACUGGACGACAAUGUGUUUCAAGUGUCUUCCACAAGUUUGGCUGUCAAUCUCGUGGUUAAGGACUCCGUGGACGAGCUGCAACUUCGCGACAACAUGUUUAUAAACUGCCAGAAUGCCCUUUACGUUUCUGUGCAUGACAGUGACGAUACUGCUGUUUCAAUUGAAGGUAACAGUUUUAUCUCCAACUAUGGCGACAACAUAAUACAAGUGCAAAUCAAUCCUUCAUCAGAAAAAGAAUUUAGCAUUAUUCAUAAUAAUCUCGUCAAUAAUUCAAACAUUGUACUUGAGUUUUUAAACCUCAAUAGCGGCAUAAAGCUUUUCCAGAACUUCUUCAACAACCCAACAUGUCAGUACAACGUAAAAUUAUCUCCCGGGAACUCUAUUGACUAUCUCGACGCCGCUUACAACUGGUGGGGUAGCUCUGACUCAAGGACAAUCAGAAAUAAAAUUUAUGACAAUAGCGUGGACUCUACUUUGCCUGUUGUCGAAGUCUCUCCAUUCUUGGCAUCACAAAACUAUUCCGACAUUGCAUAUGAGGAAUUCUCUUUCGUGAAUAUUGAUGGAGAUAUCGGUGGUGAAAUAUCGUCAAAUGUCACUCUUACAAAGAAUGGGAGCCCUUAUCACGUGACAUCUAAUAUUGUAGUUAAGGAAAGUGGACAGUUGACUAUCGAACCAGGUUGUGAAUUGCUCUUUGAUGAAAAUACAAUGAUACGUGCACAAGGGAUUAUUGUAGCCCUUGGAACUGCCGAGAAUCAUAUUAAUAUGACUGCUUACGAAGAUGGGCUCCGAUGGAGAGGAUUACAGCUGGUUUCACGAAAAGGAACAAUAGAAUACCCACCCGAAUGUGGCGGCAAUGUGACUGUUCCAAAGGAUUUCUCGGUGAAGAUGUACUCUCCAAAUUAUCCCGCGAAUUAUUUGAAUAACCUGUAUUGUAUAUGGAAUAUUUUGACGGAACCCGGUUAUCGUAUUCGCAUUACGUUCCUAGAUUUUAGUACAUCUUAUAGCGAUCACGUAUCAUUUGGUCAUGGAUCAACAACGUACAGUACAACUCGGUAUGAAGGUAGCGAAUUGCCGCCUCAGUUCGAGACAAAUGUAAAUGAGGCUUGGGUUGAACUUACUACAAAUUCAUAUUAUACUGCAAAAGGAUUUGCAGUGAGGUUAGACGCUAUCAACGUUAAUGAAAGUGAGCCAUUGCCGGGCACGGAACUUUUCUUUCUUGAUGUUACACAUACGACGCAUGGUAUCGAUGUUCAGGGCGCUGCUGUACACAUGGGUAAUGUGUCAUCACACGACUCCGCGGGACAUGGCAUCACAAUUGACACGACCGUGUUUCCCGAUCAAAGCAAUACAAUUAUCAGAGGAUGUAAUGUUACAGGUGCCUCCGCGAAUGGAAUAAAUGUUAUCUUACAGUCGUCCAUCGAUACUACCUACUCUGUUACUAUUAGUAGCUGUCGCAUCACAAACAACGAUGGCAACGCAAUAUACGUGAGCGGCAGUGGAGAACUGGCUGUGCAGAAUUGCUCGCUAACACAAUGUCAGUACGGGUUUUAUUCCGAAAUGAAGACUGGUAAUUUGAUUAUAGAUGACACUAUGGUUGUGGCAAAUGAAUAUGGAGUGUAUUUGGAAGCACCAUAUUCGGCAACAGAGAAGAGUCUUUUGGUGUUUGUGACACACUCUAUAAUUUCAGAGAGUUUUAACAGAUAUUCGUAUGGUUCGAUAAAAAUCACUGACAACUCGAAUUACCAAAGCAAUGUUACACUAUUAGAGAGAAUAUUUUCAGAAACGAGCACAACUAUGGAGUAUACAUUACUAGCAGCAACCAUAACGACAACCGUGGUAUUGUCUGGACAAAGCGGCCAAGUAACGUUUAACUACUUCAGCAACCCAGGGAGUACGUGUGAACUCAGUGUGGGAUCGUUCAGUAACACUAAUGUAGUGAAUGCACAGUACAACUACUGGGGAGCCACUGACUUUAAUGAGGUGACUCGUCGAAUUUGUUCAUUCCACAACGAUAUGACACUUGCACAUGUGGAAUAUCUACCUUAUCUUUCAUCGAUGGGUUCCGAAGAAACUGAAGAUCUGCCAGUUAAUCUGAUUGUCUAUGAUGGCGAGGCUGGUGGCACGUUGACAUCCAAUGUGACUUUGACACAACAAGACAGCCCAUACGUUGUAACGAAAACAAUAUUCAUAAGGUCAGAAGCUCAGCUGAUCAUAGAGGCUGGUGUCCACCUACAGUUUUUAUCAGGAAGAGGAAUACUUUGUGAAGGUCGUUUAGAGGCAGUUGGUACUCCACAACAACCAAUCACGUUUUCAUCAUAUGAUGACACUCGAUGGUAUGGUAUACUAUUUAUGGAUACUGAAUUUGUUAGUCCAGAGUCAAAACCAACAGAAAAAGCAGAAACAAAAACGCAAGGUGUAAACCAAACCAUACCUGAAUGUGGCGGUUCACUUUAUAUUGCCCCUGGGAAUACUGUACAGAUUAUGACGCCGAACUACCCCGGAAAUUACCCAAACAAUCUUGACUAUCCAUAUGGAUUUGCAUUAUCCGUUUAUCUUUCAUCGAGUCAAUCUGCCUGGGAAAAAGUAGUUAUUCAACGAAAUACAUUCAAUGGCAACAGUGCCACAUCAUGCUUCAUUGAUUCGCGCGAUUAUGCAGAUUUGCUGGUAUCUGAAAACACCUUUCAAGAUAACACAAAUACAGACUUGACUAUAUCAACAAGUUAUUAUAAUGUUUUCGAAAUCAUGAUUUCCAACAAUGUGUUUGACUCUAACAGCGGACAUAAAACCUUAUACAUAAGUACGAACUCCCCAGGGCUACACUUUCCUGCACAUAUAGUGAACAAUGAGUUUUAUCAGUGCACUUCAUAUACCUCUGUGAUAUUCACAGAGAGUGCAACGUAUGACAUUAAUUAUAAUUUCUUUGAUAACCCAAUUGCAUCGUAUGACAUAUAUGUCAGUUUCGCAAGUGAUGAUGCUUUGAAUGCAGAGUACAAUUGGUGGGGAAGUCCAUUGGAGGUAUCUGUUUCUUCUCGCAUCUAUGACAGGACAAAAGAUUACGAACUCGCUCUAGUAGAUUAUAUUCCUUUUUUGGACGAACCAAUUUUUACAUGUUUCGAUCGUUCAAACUGCAGUGCUAAUGGUCAGUGUGUUCAACCUAACGUAUGUCGGUGUACUUCCGGUUGGGGCGGGCUAGAUUGUUCUAAUUUCAGUUGUAGUGGACUGUCAGAAUGUCACCUGAAUGGAGACUGCAUCGGUCCAAAUCAAUGUUUAUGUCAUGAAGGAUGGUCGGGAAACAGUUGUGCGUUUGCAACAUGCCACAACGUGAAUCAGUGCAAUGGGAAUGGAUUUUGUUUAGCACCAGACACAUGUGCUUGUGUUGAUGGUUUCACCUCUGCAGACUGUUCGAAGUGUCUUCCUAAUAGAUGGGGGCCAGCAUGCCAAUACUGUCCAAAUUGUGUACAUGGAAAUUGUGACUCAAAUACAGGAAAAUGUGUAUGUGAUGGUGUCAACUGGGAUGGACCGCUCUGUGAGUAUUGUGCCCACGCUUUCUAUGGUGAACAAUGUCUACCAAUUACCAUGGUAUUGAACAUCGCUCCAAGUCGAGGCCCAGAUGUUGGUGGAAUAGUCAUCCAGGUUACUGGUCACAACUUUGAAUAUUCUAACCACACUUAUCGAUGUCUCUUUGGUGAUUCUGAGGGGUUAGGUCAAUGGAUAUCGAAGGAGUUGAUACUCUGCACCACCCCACCUCAUAUAGAGGGUGUUGUUACAGUUGAAGUAAGCCCUCCUGGAGAAGACAGCUUCACCUCGAAUGGCGUACUUUAUGAAUACUAUGGUCUCUGUCCAGUGGGGGCAUGUGGGAAGAGCGAUACACCACCUCAUGGUAUAUGUGUCUUUGGCAAAUGUUCCUGUUUCUUGCCUUGGAUUGGCGACGAUUGCAAUGACGAGCUUCUCCAACCAGUCAUUGCGGCAGUUAAUAACACCUUUGUGAAGGAGGGUGCACCAUAUGAAGAGCAACUCUGGCUCAAAGAAGGAAAUGGACCGUUUGAGUGGAGUCUUUACAUGGCACCUAUUGACAUGACUAUCGACAAACGCACAGGGAUGGUUACAUGGUCGAGAGCAAGUGCAAACAUUGCACCCCAACAGGUUACAGCAGGCUGCAGCAAUAUCAUUGGAAGUGACUCUGUCACAUGGACUGUGAAUGUUCCACUUUCAUAUAAUGCCACAGUCGAUUAUAUAUCAGUUCUGGACGUGUUGCCAUACACGCAGCAGGUCACUAUUUCUGGUUACAUCACAUUCUUGGAUGCUGAUGAAUAUUUUAUGAGAGGGAGGAUACCUGUUGAUGUCAAGAUACUCCGCCCUAAUAAUAUGCAAAUUAUAAGAACUGCGACAGAUCUUAUCAGUGUUGGUUAUUUCCAAACAGUAUAUUACCCCGUUCCAAACGAAUAUGGACACUUUUCAGUGGACGCACGUCACCCAGCUGAUGGAUCUUUCGAUGGUAAAUUGUCUUGGAUGGUCAAGGGAAUGCGUACCAGUCCAACCUAUGUGACAUUUGAACGGUAUCUAGGAGACACCAGUUGUAUUAAUAUUGCCACUUUAAUCAAUGAUGGGCCACUACCACUGCACGAUAUUGCGGUACAGGUAUUUGGUGUUGGGCCACCCUUGGAUGAAGUGACUGUUUAUGACUGUGGUUCUAAUGUAGUUGGUAAUUUUGCAAAUGAACUUAACAAGACAGAGGAAUUACCAAUAUGUCUUAAUAUGACGGCAUCAGCACCACUUAGUGGAACAUUGUCUAUCAUAUUUAUUACACCAGAAGGAACUUCGGCUCAACUUACAGUGUGGCUUAAUUUUGAAGCUGUUACACCCGUCUUAGUUGCGUUACCUUCUUACCUGACUGGAAGUGUUAACCGUGGCUCACAGAAACUAUUUGACAUUACAAUACAAAACGUCGGACAGAUUCCAACAACUGCACUUAUUGUGGACAUUCCUAGCGAGAUUGACAUGACUGUUGUCUCCUUCGAAGUAGAUGGUAUAUCAAAUGGAACGGAGGUACGAAUACUACCAGAUUCGAGUGCUGUUCUAGUUAUUGCCGUCACAGUGCCUACUGAUUUCAGUUUGGGAGAACUGAAUGGAAGAAUGACUGUCAGCGAAGACACUGUGUGGGUGGCAGUUAAUUUUCAUAUUCUCGUGACUUCAUCUUACAAGCUUGAUUUCACCGUAGCAGUUGAAGAUGAGUUCACCUACUUCGCAGAUGGUAGGCCUCGUGUAGCUGAUGCGCAGAUACGUUUAGUUAAUCCCCAGAAUGGUGUGUCACUCACAGGAAUGACGAACAUAAAUGGAACUGUAACAUUCUACGACAUACAUGAAGCGUACUACACGGUAUUUGCUUCAGCAGCCGGACAUUCCAGCUAUUCUGCCGUCAUUCUAGCCUCGUCAUCCACCCCUGAGCUUACUAUAUUCCUAUUUCGAGUGGCAGUAAGCUAUACUUGGACUGUGUCCCCAACAACGUUUCAGGAUUCCUAUGUCGUUACCCUUGAAUCCACUUUCGAAGCAGAGAUACCAAUGCCAGUAGUGACAAUAGAACCAUCCAAUAUUGAUCUUCUACCAUUAGAAGAAGGCAGACAGGACAAAAUAGACUUCAUUGUGACAAACCAUGGUCUCAUAGCAGCAGAAGGAGUGACAUUCACGCUUCCCACGGGUCACCCAACUUUGGAGUUUAUAAAAUUGGUUGAUGAUCUUGGAGAUCUUGCGGCGAAUUCCAGUAUUGUAAUACCAGUUGAUGUGCGUUUAAAAACCUCUCGUCGAAAGCGUGAUUCUUCGUCUUGUUAUGUUGCUCCACUGGAUUACUUUGUUAUGUGUGGUGUGCCACGCACCGUUAGUGUUGUUGCUCAUUUCAUACAUACAGUGCUAAGUUGUUUUACAUCGACGCCCACCCCAAGUUCGCCGAACAAUCGAGGCCCAUCGCAGAUCAGUUGCACUGGAUGUGGAGGCAUUGGUCCCCCAUCUACUCAUGUGAGUCCAGUCGUGUAUAACCCGGUUACUCCAAUAAACUGUAAUUGCAUAGAAUCGUUUGUAAACUACUGCAUCAUGGGAUUUGCCGAAAGAAUCAUAACUUGCCCACUGAGUAUCAUAGAUUUUGGCUUAAGUCCAUCUCUCCUCGGACUGCUUGAUGCUGCGAUUGCAUGUAUAGGAGGGACCAUAUCAUUGGUGUGGCAAGUUAUCAGAUGUGUCAGUGAGACUAUAAUUAAUUGUGGUGGUGAUUCCAGAAGAAAACGUGAAAUCGACGUGGGAUUCUCCCAGAAUUUAAUAGACCAGAGUAGAGUAAUAGAGCAUUAUCAAUUAUUCGCAAAUGAAGUUCUUGGAAGUGAUGAAAUGUUAAAUAUGACGGAUGUGUCUUGGUACCCACAAUUCAAGUUACUGGUGUCUGACGACAGUCUAGGUGGUCAGCUGUUGACAAUCGAUGAAUAUGUUAACAUCACAUCUUCUGUGACGCUUGAAAAUAAUAAUAGAGAAUUGGUUGGCAGUUUUUUGAAUCGCUGGAAUAACACUGUGGUAUCAUGGGACAGUGGUAUAUUGGAACCAGAUAGCGAAAACAUGAAUAUAAUUUCGUAUACCAAUGUGCAUUCCUUGGGCAUGCAAUUCAGAGAUGAUUUGGAAGUUUCUAGACAGGAAGGAUAUGCAGAUAUGUUCGAUCAGUACAAUUCAGCAUUGGAAACAUAUGUUGACGCCCAAAAUUCAGGGGGCUCCGGCAAAGAAAGUAUAUGUGCAACAGUCCGCGUGCGAAUAGUUCAGGAAUUGGUUCUAACACGCGAGGCCUUCAAUGCAAGGCUUGAAGUAGAAAAUGGGGAAUCAGGUUCACUGACUGGCAUAAAAGUAGUGAUACGCAUAUGGCGCAAUGGAGACCCCUUUUCUGAAGAAAUGAAAGAACACUUUGCUUUCAGCGACCCGGAACUGAUAGGUAUUUCAUCUGUUGAUGGCAAUGGUACAUUAGCGGCAUCAAUCUCUGGAUCAGCUGAAUGGUUGAUUAUUCCAUAUUCUACUGCAGCCCCAGAUAGUGACAUAUUGUACGAUGUAGGAGGCAGUCUUUCUUAUGCUGUUGGAGAUGCAAGGAUCACAGUACCAUUACUCGCAGAUACUAUCACAGUCAAACCAGAUCCGCAACUGCAUGUUCAUUAUUUUCAUGAGAAAUAUGUGCAAGGCGAUGACCCACUGACUGAAGAUGUUGUUGAAAAUAUUGUUCCGUUUACACUCGCCAUCCUAAUCUCAAAUGUUGGCUAUGGCAUUGCAAGAGAGUUGAAAAUUACUUCAGCGCAGCCAGAAAUUAUAGAAAAUGAUAAAGGGCUACUCGUUACCUUUCAAAUUAUAGGUGCACAGCUUGAAAAUGAGGACGUAUCGAAAUCAUUGACAAUCGACUUUGGUGACAUUCCUCCACAUAGUACAAAAGUUGCCAGAUGGCUAUUGUCAAGUUCUCUCCAAGGUACAUUCUCUAAUUUCUCUGCAACUUUUGAAAACAUCAACCCUCUAGGCGACCCACAGCUGUCCAUUAUUGAUGUCCUUGAAAUACAUGAACUAUUACAUCUUGUGAGAAUUAAUCAUCCAAUUGAUGACGGUAUUACUGAUUUUCUCGUUAGUGAUAUGAUUGAUGCCCAAAAUUUACCUGACCAUGUUUAUAGCAGUGAAGAUGGCCACGUAUUUGAUGUCAGGGCUGUUAACUUGACUCUGGAUGGAAAAAUCGGACAGAUGUAUGGUAUCGGUGAUUACCGAAUUGCGGAAGUGGCUGUAAAUGUGACCGAUCAAGGGUGGUUAUAUGUGAGAGUUGCUCUCGAAAAUCGUAUACCAUUAACAGAUUUUCCACUUGUCUAUGCUGUGUUUGGAGAAUCAGAUGUUUUACUGUUAGAGUUCAAUGUCUGGACCACUACACAUAUCUACAGCCAGGAAUUGUUGCAUAUAUUUGAUUAUAACUCAAACUAUACAAUAAAUACCACUGUGUACUAUUCUGCUGUAUUUGGCCCGAGGAAUGACAACACGCCGCUCUUCUCCCAAGAUCGCUAUAGCGUUGUUAUUGAGACUGAUAUACCAAUAGGUUAUUUUAUAACAUCAGUUGAGGCUUAUGAUGAGGAUGUUGGUGACGCUGGUAUGCUUGAAUAUUCAAUAAUAGACCCUGGAAGCAAUCUACCAUUUGCGAUUGACUCACAGUCGGGUAACAUAUCUUUAUCAAGAUUACUACUACCAGGUGAUCUCUCGCAAUUUCCUCAUGUCUUUGCUGUCAUUGCAGCUGAUAAAGGCCUUCCACCUAAAGGGUCAUAUACUGUAGUUCAGGUUAGCUUGAAGAUUUAUACUACUAGCCACAUGCCAACAACAGUUAUUUCCACCACCCAUGAUGUAACAUCCCAUCAUACUACACCAUUUACAACGCCAACUCCACCACCACCAACAAUAUCUCAACCUACAACCAGUUCCCAUGAUGGCACAUCUGAAACUGUCACCACUUUCACCUUAUCAAGCCGUUCCACCAGAAGUCAUCUGGAUAUAACAGGUCAUACUACGCCUCAUGUGCCAACAUCUGCAUCACCCACACCUCAGGUUACAACACAAUACACAUUGCCCUUUGUAUCUUCCUCAAUGUCGACACUAUCAAUAAAUAUACCAACUACAUUAAUCACAAAAGCACGAACAACCCUUCCAAGAAUACCAACAGUUGUUGAAGUAGUGCCACAUAAAGGUCCUGCACAAGGAGGCAACACAGUACAGGUCAGAGGUGUCUUUUUUAUGGAAUCAGAUAAUGGAUUAUACCACUGUCGUUUUGGAGUUACUGUAGCAUAUGGUAGUUGGGUUUCACAUGAACUAAUUAGGUGUUCAGUCCCUCCUCAAUCGCCUGGAAUUGUUACCAUCAGUGUCAGCCCUGCAGGGGUGGACAAUUUUACAACUGACUCAAUAUAUUAUGAGUACUAUGGCGUGUGUCCUGGAAGUAACUGUGGUACGCAUAACAGUCCAUCUCACGGUGUUUGUGUUCAGGGAGAAUGUUCCUGCUUUCUGCCAUGGAUUGGGGAGGAGUGCAAUGUGGAACUUCUACCACCUGUUAUUGCAUUUGUCAAUGACACUUCCAUAAAGGAAGGGACGCCAUUCAGUAUACAAAUUCAAACAGUGCAGGGAAGUGGACCGUUUGAGUGGAGUCUUAACAUGGCACCUAUUGGCAUGAUUAUCGACAAACGCACAGGGAUGGUUACAUGGUCAAGAGCAAGUGCAAACAUUGCACCCCAACAGGUUACAGCAAGCUGCAGCAAUAUCAUUGGAAGUGACUCUGUCACAUGGACUGUGAAUGUUCCACUUUCAUAUAAUGCCACAGUCGAUUACAUAUCAGUUCUGGACGUGUUGCCAUACACGCAGCAGGUCACUAUUUCUGGUUACAUCACGUUCUUGGAUGCUGAUGAAUAUUUUAUGAGGGGCACGAUACCUGUUGAUGUCAAGAUACUCGGUCCUAAUAAUAUGCAGGUUAUAAGAACUACGACAGAUCUUAUCAGUGUUGGUUAUUUCCAAGCAGUAUAUUACCCCGUUCCAAGUGAAUAUGGACACUUUGCAGUGGACGCACGUCACCCAGCAGAUGGGUCUUUUGAUGGUAAAUUAUCUUGGCUGGUCAAGGGAAUGCGUACUAGUCCAACCUAUGUGACAGUCGAACGAUAUCUAGGAGACACCAAUUGUAUUAAUAUUGCCACUUUAAUCAAUGACGGACCACUACCACUCUAUGAUAUUGCAGUACAGGUAUAUGGAGUUGGACCACCUUUGGAUGAAGUAACUGUGUAUGACUGUAGUUCUAAUAUACUUGUUGGUUUGUUUGCAAAUGAACUUGACCAGGCAGAGGAAUUACCAAUAUGUCUCAACAUGACGGCAUCGGCCCCGCUCAGUGGUACAUUGUCUAUAAUGUUUACAACACAAGAAAGAACUUUGGCUGAGGUCACAGUGUCACUAAAGUUUGAAGCCGUUACACCCGUCUUAGUUGCAAUACCCUCAUACCUGACUGGGAAUGUGAACCGUGGGUCACAGAAACUAUUUGAUAUUACAAUACAAAACGUCGGACAAAUUCCUACAACUGCACUUAUUGUGGACAUUCCUAGCGAGAUUGACAUGACUGUUGUCUCACUCGAAGUAGAUGGUAUAUCAAAUGGAACGGACGUACGAAUAUUACCAGAUUCGAGUGCUGUUCUAGUUAUUGCUGUCACAGUACCUACUGAUUUCAGUUUGGGAGAACUGAAUGGAAGAAUGACUGUCAGCGAAAACACUGUGUGGGUGGCAGUUAAUUUUCAUAUUCUUGUGACUUCAUCUUACAAGCUUGAUUUCACCGUAGCAGUUGAAGAUGAGUUCACCUACUUCGCAGAUGGUAGGCCUCGUGUAGCUGAUGCGCAGAUACGUUUAGUUAAUCCCCAGAAUGGUGUGUCACUUACAGGAAUGACGAACAUAAAUGGAACUGUAAUAUUCCACGACUUACGUGAAGCGUACUACACAGUAUUUGCUUCAGCAGAUGGACAUUCCAGCUAUUCUGCCGUAAUUCUAUCCUCGCCAACCACCCCCGAACUUAGUAUAUUCCUAUUUCGAGUUGCAAUACCAAUGCCAGUAGUGACAAUAGAACCAUCCAAUAUUGAUCUUCUACCAUUAGAAGAAGGCAGACAGGACAAAAUAGACUUCAUUGUGACAAACCAUGGUCUCAUAGCAGCAGAAGGAGUGACAUUCACCCUUCCCACGGGUCACCCAACUUUGGAGUUUAUAAAAUUGGUUGAUGAUCUUGGAGAUCUUGCGGCGAAUUCCAGUAUUGUAAUACCAGUUGAUGUGCGUUUAAAAACCUCUCGUCGAAAGCGUGAUUCUUCGUCUUGUUAUGUUGCUCCACUGGAUUACUUUGUUAUGUGUGGUGUGCCACGCACCGUUAGUGUUGUUGCUCAUUUCAUACAUACAGUGUUGAGUUGUUUUACAUUUCCCUCAAGUUCGUCUUCAGGCCCAUCACAGAUCACUGGCUUACCACAGAUCAGUUGCACUGGAUGUGGCGGCAUUGGUCCUCCUUCUACCCAUGUGACUCCAGUCGUGUAUAACCCGGUUACUCCAAUCAACUGCAAUUGCAUAGAAUCGUUUGUAAACUACUGCAUCAUAGGAUUUGCCGAGAGAAUCAUAACUUGCCCACUGAGUAUCAUAGAUUUUGGCUUAAGUCCUUCUCUCCUCGGGCUGCUAGAUGCUGCUAUUGCAUGUAUAGGAGGAACCAUAUCAUUGGUGUGGCAAGUUAUAAGAUGUAUCAGUGAGACAAUAAUUAAUUGUGGUGGUGAUUCCAGACGAAAACGUGAUAUUGAAGUUGGAUUCUCUCAGAAUCUGAUAGACCAGAGUAGAGUAAUAGAGCAUUAUCACUUAUUCGCAAAAGAAGUUCUUGGAAGUGAUGAAAUAUUAAAUAUAACGGAUGUGUCUUGGUAUUCGCAAUUCAAGUUACUGGUGUCUGAUGACAGUCUAGGUGGUCAGCUGUUGACAAUCGAUGAAUAUGUUAAUAUCACAUCUUCUGUGACGCUUAAAAAUAACAAUAGAGAAUUGGUUGGCAGUUUUUUGAAUCGCUGGAACAACACUGUGGUAUCAUGGGACAGUGGUAUUUUGGAACGAGAAAAUGAACAUUUUGAUAUAAUUUCGUAUAGCAAUGUGCAUACCUUGGGAAUGCAAUUUAGAGAUAAUUUGGAAGUUUCUAGACAGGGAGGAUAUGCGGAUAUGUUCGAUCAGUACAAUUCGGCAUUGGAAACAUAUGUUGACGCUCAAAAUUCAGGGGAUUCUGGUAAAGAAAGUAUAUGUGCCACAGUCCGCGUGCGAAUUGUUCAAGAAUUGGUCCUAACGCGAGAGGCCUUCAAUGCAAGGCUUGAAGUAGAAAAUGGGGAAUCAAGUUCAUUGACUGGCAUAAAAGUAGUGAUACGCAUAUGGCGCAAUGGAGACCCCUUUGCUGUAGAAAUGAAAGAACACUUUGCUUUCAGCGACCCGGAACUAAUAGGUAUUUCAUCUGUUGAUGGCAAUGGUACAUUAGCGGCAUCAAUCUCUGGAUCAGCUGAAUGGUUGAUUAUUCCAUAUUCUACUGCAGCCCCAGAUAGUGACAUAUUGUACGAUGUAGGAGGCAGUCUUUCUUAUGCUGUUGGAGAUGCAAGGAUCACAGUACCAUUACUCGCAGACACUAUCACAGUAAAACCAGAUCCGCAACUGCAUGUUCAUUAUUUUCAUGAGAAAUAUGUGCAAGGGGAUGAUCCACUGACUCAAGAUGUUGUUGAGAAUGUUGUUCCAUUUUCUCUCGCAAUUAUGAUCUCAAAUGUUGGCUAUGGCAUUGCAAGAGAGUUGAAAAUUACUUCAGCGCAGCCAGAAAUUAUAGAAAAUGAUAAAGGGCUACUCGUUACCUUUCAAAUUAUAGGUGCACAGCUUGAAAAUGAGGACGUAUCAAAAUCAUUGACAAUCGACUUUGGUGACAUUCCUCCACAUAGUACAAAAAUUGCCAGAUGGCUAUUGUCAAGUUCUCUCCAAGGUACAUUCUCGAACUUCUCUGCAACUUUUGAAAACAUCAACCCUCUAGGUGACCCACAGCUGUCCAUUAUUGAUGUCCUUGAAAUACAUGAACUGUCACAUCUUGUGAAAAUGAUAAAGAGUGAUGACGGCUUUACUGAUUUCCUCGUUAAUGAUUUGAUAGACUCUAACAGUUUACCUGACCGUGUCUAUAGCAGUGAAGAUGGUGAGACAUAUGCAGUUCAUUCAAUCAAUUGUAGUGUUAAUGACUGCAAUACUCACUUUUCGACACUUGGAGACUACCGUGUAGCUGAACUCGAUGUUGAUGUGCCAUCAAUUGAAUGGGUCUAUGUGAGAAUGGAUCUUGCUAAUUAUGUACGUCUUGACGAAUUUCCAAUUGCCCAUGCUUUGGUUGGAGAAUCAACUACACUGCUAUUGGAUUACAAUGUCUGGGCCACAAGCCAUAUUAAUUGUCAGCAACUACUCCACAUAUUUGACUAUAAUCCUAACAUCACUUCCCAUAACACCACUUUGCAUAGCACCAUUUCUUAUACGGUUUUCUUUGGUCCUUUGAAUGAACAUACACCUUUUUUUAAAGAAAGCUUUUAUAGAGUCGAACUUCCUUUGCAUUUGCCUAAUGGCACCGUUGUAUUCAACAUUGAAGCAUAUGAUAGUGAUGUUGGUGAUGCUGGGGCUUUAUUGUAUUCAUUAUCGGAUACUGGACAAUAUAAUCCCUUUACAAUUGACUCUCAGUCUGGUAACAUCACAGUAAUACGCCAAGUCCUUGUACACGAAUUCCCCUUAUCUUUCAAAGUCUUGGUUACUGAUACCGGUAUACCACAAAAACAUUCUGAAACCAACAUUGAAAUACACCUCACAAGUGAAACCACACCAUCCAUUGCAUCAACUAUUUUUACCAUGGUUGCAAAUACUCAAACACCACAUGCUGCUGCGACGUCAGAGACUCCAGUUCAAAUACUGACCACAUUGCCUAUGACAAGUUCUACUACUUAUCUACAACAACCAAGAGUUCUAGAAGUGGUUCCAUCCAUGGGUCCCGGAUAUGGUGGCAUUACAGUACAGGUUAAGGGUGCCAUGUUUAUGAACGUAGGAGGUGGAGCAUAUCGCUGUCGUUUUGGGACAAUAGAAUCAGUAGGUACCUGGAUGUCAGAUGAACUAAUUGUCUGUGUGCUGCCAUCUCAUUCUUCUGGCAUCGUAGCUGUCAGUGUCAGUCCACCUGGUUUAGAAGAAUUCACAGAUGAUAAUGUGUUAUUUGAAUUCUAUGGAGUAUGCCCAGAGGGUGCAUGUGGGAGUAAUUAUUCCACGCCUCGUGGAGUAUGUGCUCAAGACAAAUGUUCAUGUUUCUAUCCCUGGUACGGAGAUAAAUGUAAUACCAGAAGAAGGAAUCCCACAAUUGUUGCCAUGGAUGACAUGUCGAUUAUUGAAGGUGUUACAUAUGAUGUUACUCUGACGACAAGUUCUGGUGAUCAACCAUUGAUAUGGAGUCUAAUUAGUGGUCCUGAUGGAAUAUUACUUGAUUGGAGUAGUGGCAAGCUUCUUUGGGAAGAUCCUGUUGGCAGUGACAAUGCUUACGAAAUAACUGUGAAAUGCCGAAAUGAUGUUGGAGAUGACAAAGCCCGUUGGAAUUUGUUUGUCCAAAUAUCAUACAAUGUCACUGUAGACAGUAUAUCUGUCUCUAGGCCAUUAACGUCUGGACAGUCGGAUGCAUCACACCCAUCAGACGACAGCUUUGUAGAAAAAAUGCAGUGGCUGGUUGAAGGAAUGACUAUCACGCCGUCACGUGUCAGUUAUGAACGUGAUCUCACAGAUGUAUUUUUCCAUUCGUUUGCGAACAUUGAAAAUAUGGGACAUAAUGCUCUGCGAAAUAUCUCUGUUCAGGUUUAUGGAAGCGGUCCUCCUUUAGAUGGUUUUGAAGUAUUUGACUGCAAUAAUCAAGACGACAUUAUGAUUCAUGAACUUCUACCUGAUAACAGCAUGGAAUUAUGUGCCAGGGCAAGUGCAACUUCACCACUGGUCGGUACACUGGAUUUGGUAUUUAGUACACCAGAAGGAACCCAUGCCUAUCUCGUAUUUGACAUUGCACUUUUCACAGCAGAGCCAACCUUGGUUUUUUCACCACCUUCAAUUCAGGAAAAUGUACAAGUUGGUGUACAGAAAUUGCUUGAGGUGUAUGUAUACAAUAUCGGAGAAACAGACGUCACAAAUGUACAGGCAGUUUUUUCAGAUGAGUCUUUCCUCGCCGUCGUGAUGUUCACAGCUGAAAAAUCAACAGUGACAGAUACAACCAGCAUACCUUCUGGUCAGUCAGCUAUAUUGAUGUUAAGCAUGGUUGCGGGAGAUGGUGACGUUGGUGAGGUGACUGGCAGUAUCUUGGUGCAAUCAAUUGACCAAACUACUUUUGCCGAAAUUGAUUUCAAUAUAACUGUUACCCAAAGGAUGCUGUUUGACUUAGUGAUUAUUGUAGAGGACGAGUACACUUACUAUGUCGACGAGAAUUUACUUGUCACAAAUGCUGAAAUUGAAUUGAAAAACCCAUUAGAUGGUACGUUUUUAAGCGCCGUAACAGGAAAUGAUGGCAUGGCAACUUUCCAUGGAGUGUGUGAAUGCAUUUAUUCCUUGAGGGCGACUGCCUUUAGCCAUUCAGGGUAUUCAAAUGUCAUUAGGGUUUCCUACAAAUCACUACAAAUUGUGAUAUUCCUGCAUAGAAGAGCAUUAACAUAUAAGUGGGCAAUCACUUCAAAUUUCUUCACUGAUCUAUAUUCUAUGAUACCUGUUAUUGAAAAUGAGUUGCCAAUGCCGGUCCUUACAAUAGAUCCAGCCACAGUCAACCUUCAUGAUUAUGAGAUUGGUAUUAAUAGGCGUAUGAUAUUUACAAUCACUAACCAUGGUUCCGCUGGAGCGGAAGACAUCACACUUACUUUACCUACCAACCACCCAACACUGGAGUUUGUGAAACUUGUCGACGUCGUUGGUGACUUGAAAUCGAAAACAACCAUUAUCGUUCCCGUCGAAGUUCGACCAAGAGUAGGACACCGUAAUGAUUUACUGGGAUCUCCAUGUUAUGUAGGUCAGAUGAAAUAUUCCUACAUCUGCCGGGUAAAGACUGUGAUAAACCUGAACAUAUAUUUGGUACAUUCAAGUGCAGGGUGCCUUCCUCGAUAUGUGACUGUAUCGUCACCUGCUGUUGCAUUCGAUCUUCUUGGUAAUGCUGGUUUACCAGGUUCUGAGAUACGUAUUCCAAAUGUCGACCUGCCGCCCCAAGAGAUGCACAUAAAUACUCAAAUCAUCUACACACCUGAAUCCUACUUGAUCCAUGAUUGUGAGCAAGCCUGGAUAACCCAGUGCUCGGUCAACAACCCACCGAAGCAAUAUAGCUGUGUCGGAUCACAUACUACAUCAGACACGACUACAUUACUAGGCCGCCUAAACCUAGUAAUGUCAUGCAUGGUAGACAAUGCUGGGAGUUUAUUUGGUGAUGACCUCGGUGAAACCCCUGGCAAAGCAUUAAGUGCGUAUCUGGUGCGAGGAGCACGUGCAAACCAGAAACCAGAAGAAAUUCUAGAGAUGUUGCAUUUUGACCUCACAAACACGACGUGGUAUGAAGAUUUCCAAAUGGCGGUUUCGGACAGUAGUGACGACAACCAGUUAUUAACUUUAGCUGAAUACGAGUCCACAUUGGCAGCAACACCAGACGACGAGUUUCGGGAAGUGGUGGCAAAUUUUCUAAUGCGUUGGAACAAUACUAUAUACGCAUGGAAUAACGGAGUGUUUGAACGAGAUGAUGAGAAUGAGUAUAUUAUAUCGUACUCACUUGUGAAUUUCCUAGGUGAUCAAUAUGUUGCGGAUAUUAUAGAAUCUCAAGGGAACGGUUUUCAAGAUCCCUUCCAUCAAUACGCUGCAGCAUAUGAUGCAUAUGUACAGGCAACCGAGGGAGAACAAAAUAUAUUUGCAACUGUUUAUGUGACAAUUGAACAGGAAUUAGUUUUAACAAGUGAUGAGUUCGUCGUCAGACUAGAAAUAGUGAAUGGACAAGUUUCUGAUCUCACCGGAAUAAAUGUCACUAUUAAAAUAUGGCAACAUGAUGAUCCACUUGAACAGGAUAUGACGUCACAUUUUUCACUUGGUAAGCCAAAUCUUGUUGAGAUAACAUCUGUCGAUGGAAAUGGUGUUGUGAAAUAUAAUGUUUCUGGGCUUGCCGAAUGGACAAUAGUUGCACAACAUUCAGCAGCGUGGAAUGAAGAGGUGUUGUAUGACGUUGGUGGCAGUUUGUCUUAUGCAGUAGGCAAUGCCACAAUCACUGCUACAUUACUUCAUAACGCUAUCACCGUAAAACCAUCUAUUCAACUCCAUGUACACUAUUUUUACAAAAAUACUGUAUAUUCAGACGAACCAUUGACUGAUGCGGCCAUAGAAAAGGCGGUUCCCUUUCCCUUGGUCGUUAUGAUUACAAAUAAAGGAAAUGGGGUUGCAGAACAGUUUAAACUGGUUUCUGGACAGCCUCAAAUUAGGAAUGAAAAUGGAGAUCUUAUCAAUUUUCAAAUACUAUCGUCGCAGCUUGGAAAUAUUGGAAGAGUUCCUUCCUUGUCAGUUGAUGUCGGAACCAUCGAUAGGCUAGAGACGAGGACGAUAUGGUGGUCGCUGGCGGCAACCAUGACAGGAACGUUUUCGAAUUUUUCGGCGACCUUCCAGCACACCAAUGCUUAUGGCAAUCCUGAAAUUUCGCUUUUACAUCUUGAAGAAACUCACGAACUUAUACAUGUCGUUCACAUGAAUAAACCUGGCAUGUUCGAUGAUGAUGAUGUUGGAGACUUCCUUGUUAAUGAUGUUAAAGAUCAAAUGUCCAUACCAGACCACUUGUACAGCAGUAAAAACGGGGAGAAACAUGUGGUGUCUUUUGUGCCAUCGAACUUGUCAUUUGGUGAAGACUAUUCCCGAUCUAAGAGGGAGGUGAAUAGUUACCGAUAUGUAAUUAUAUCAAUCGAUGUACCCAAUACAGCUAACUGGACGUACACACAGGUGUAUCUUCCCGUGGAGCUCAACGGUUACCCGGUUGCUUUUGCCGAAGGUGAUGGCGGGGCUGAACUCAAGUAUGAAUAUAAUGUUUGGACUUCGCAAGCUGACCAUAAUACAUCGUUACUUCAUCUGUUGGAUUAUAUUCAAAACGACACAUCAAAGAUAAACUACACUGUGGUCUUGGGGCCAGUGAAUAGAAAUGCUCCUGCUUUCAGUGAUGGUAUGUAUACGGUCAGUAUUUCAGUGAACACACUCGCAAAUACUAUGAUACUACACACAGAGGCUUUGGAUGAUGAUGAGGGUGACGCUGGUGACUAUUUCUAUUUCAUAGAUGAGUUCAAUGGCACUUUACCAUUCUCAAUAGACGCAAUGUCAGGGAACAUAUCAAGUACGAGAAACAUCUCUGAAUUGGACAAAGCCGUCUCUCCCUAUACUUUUAAAAUAGCUGCCACUGACCAUGGUGUACCUGCGAAAACUGGCAUAGCAUUUGUAAUUGUGUACAUAGUGGAUCAUAUCGCAACGACGUCAAUAAUGGCCACGACAUCAUCUGCUCCUGUGUUGCCUUCUCAGUCUAUCUCUCCGACGAGCAUAAGCAUGUCCAGAGCAUUCAUGUCAACAACCGAAUCCGCUAUUGUGGCGUCCUCGGGUAGACCAACACAAUCGCAGCCUGCUUUACUGUCAACACCAUCGGCUUUUGUAAUCGAGUUGCAGUCAUCGGAGUAUACCGUACCGUUGUCCUCUCAAACUACCGGGUCACUGUCAACAAGUUCGUCUUUUCUGCUGUCAUUAUCAAGUGAUACCAUUGAAGAGGCUCGUACACGCACAAUCAUCCAGUCAUCGCCAACCCAAGUAGUGACACCUGCAUUAGAUAUACAUUCCAUGACCUCAUUUGAAUUGGAAAGCUCACCACAGUCGAUGACGACAUCCUUCUCUGCUGAAGUGACGCCUACACAUUCUUUGGUUACAAAUGAACUGUACCCGGGGACAAGUGUAUUCAUAGAACCAACAUCUACUUCGACAACCCCAAUCCAGACAAUGGUAACAUCACCAACUGAGUAUCCAACUGAAGCCUCUGCUCCUGGGGAAUCUUUGUUUAGCAGGCAACUCAUUGUAGCCACCAUUGCUGUGUCGUUGGCUGUUGUUUUAUGUGUUGCAUCUGCGAUCGCUAUUUUUAUAUCAUGCCGUCGUAAUGCUACAAUGUCACUGGAUAUAAAUGAUGCGUCUUGGUAA